UUUUUUAAGCGACUUACCACAGUCGUUUCUGAGACGUUCGCGAGUAAACUACUUUGUGCGCAACAACAAACGUGAAAAGUGUCACUAACGUAUUGUUGUCCAGCAAUCGUAACCAACACCAGCAUAUGUUCAGGUGUUUGAGUGCUAGUAAGUGUCACAUUGGAACGUAGUUAAAUGCAGCGCAAUGCAGUGGUGUUGAGCCCACAUUGAUGACGUUGAGUUUUUUGUGUAUAGUUUUAUUUUAACUGGACAAUUGUAGUGGUUACGCGCGCGAGCUACUUCACAAACGCCACCGCGUAAGAUGUGGCAUUUUUUGGCAUCACAUAGUUUGUCGUAUGAUUGUAAACAAAAGCACUUUAAAUUAAAAUUAAAAAAAUAGCUUUAAAGCAAGCUUAUAUGUUUAGUAAAAAAAAAAAAAAUAAAGAAAGGUUGUCGUUUGUGGUAGUGUGGUGUUGUGUUUGAGUUCGCUAAAUAUAAUUGGAAAUGAGAGCAGCUGUUAUUAAUUAAAAAGUGUUCUGCAACAGUAUAAAACAAACAAAACUAAACACCAGCUAUGGAUUUAUUAAGCCGUUUAAAUUGUUGAUUUGUUAUUAAACUUGCGGCGAAAGUAUUGAAAUAUUCUGUAAGAAUACGGAAAUAAAAUUUGUUGCAAUGCUUAAGUAAAAAUUUUAAUUCCAAAAGUAUUUAGCACUGAAUUAAAAAAAAGUGAAAACUUCUUAUGACAUAGAGUGUAAAAAUCAACUAAGAAUAAAAGUACCUAAAAAUCUUAAGUUUGGGAAUUUAAGGAAAAGAAAAACAAAUACGCAGAAAAGCAAGCUUAAAAGCAAUUUCACGCUCAAAAAAAUAACGGAGGUAUUCAUACUAUAUCUGUACGCUACAAAAUAGAUCGCCUUACGCAUGAAUCUUGAAAACCAACUCUCAAAGAUUAAAAGCGCAUCAGUUUCAUAAACGCUGAAGCCAAUCAAUCGCAACACAAUUAAAACGAGGCGAACCAGCUGUAAGUGUUUGAUAAUUGCAAACAAAAAAGGAAACAACAUAAAAAUCUAAAUGAGGAAGAGUAUUUGUGAAAAAAUUCAAUGGGCUCUGUUUUAUAAAUCAUAGAAAUAAAAGAAACGAUCGCUUACAUUUCGGUACUAACUACUUAGUCGUAGAGUGUGCAACAACAAAUGAAUACUUUGUUCAAGCAACAGGAAAGAAGCGAGCAAGUGAAGUGUAAAAUAACCCGUUCUCCGCUUUGAAUGAAUUUUUUUGAUGCAAUUGAAAUGAUCACGUGAACGUGACACUGCAUACACACACACACACACACAGAUAUAGUAACCGGAACACAAACGGCGUCAAAGUGUUAAAAAGCAAAAAAAAAAGUGAAAAGAAAAAUAAUAAAAAUAAAAAAAUAUUACUAAAUUACAGGACCACCGAUGGCUGCGCGUAAACCACAGUUUUAAAACACAUACAGGCUAAUUAAAAAAUAUAUAUUUGAAAAAGUGAAGUAGAUAAUAAUUUUUGGGUGCAAUAAAAUUCUCAAAAAAUAAGAAAAAUUUAAUAUAAUAUUUCAAAACAACGUUUGGAACAACGUUUAGAAAAUAUUAUUAAAAUUUGUUUCUACGAAUUUCAAAACAACCACGUACAACAACAGUUAUACAUCCAUAAGUAGCAGCAACAAUGAAUGCGGCGCACAACAAUAAUCGUCGCCGGCAACGCCAUAAGUCAGCAGGCGUUGCGGCCACACCAAUUCGCCGGUCAUCAGUUGAGUUAAUUGCAAAAACACCGCCAAUAUUUCUUGCCACGGCGAUAUUAUAUAUUUGCCUGCAUAUUUGCUGCCUUCUGCAGCUGGGCGAGGCACAUGUGGCACUCACCUAUCCACCUGCGCGCAAGUACGAUUUGGAUUUUUUGGACAACUCACGUACGAAGGGACCGUGUGGCAUGCCAAAAGGCACAAUAAGUACCUCUUUACUUUCUGGCUCAAAAUUUAAUGCCACUUGGCACCUGGCCUAUCCGCAUAAGGGUGGCUUCCGCUUACAAUUACUUGACGCAUUCGACCGCCCAGUGUUGGACCUAACACCGCAUGUCAAUCAAUCCGAAUUCGUGCGCACUGAUGUUACUGCCCAGUCCUUUCAGGUUAGCAUACCCAAAGAUUUUGAGUGUCAUAAUUGUACGCUGCGUCUGCUUCGCCAGGCCGACGAAUGGUCGGCUGGCUAUCGCUUUUGGUCUUGCGCAGAUGUCGAUGUAAAGAAUCGCAAAGACUUUCGUGAAACUUGCUCAGGCAAUGGAAAAUAUUUCCCAUCGCGUUGUAAAUGUGAAAAGAAUUAUUAUGGGCCGCAGUGUCAGUACAAAGAUGAAUGUUCAACUAAUCAGGACUGUGGCAAUCAGGGCAAGUGUAUUGAUCUUGCGGGCACAUCACUGCCACGCAAACAAUGUUAUUGUAAUUUCGGUUGGCAUGGUAUUGGAUGCAACAAGAAAUCACCAUACCGGACUACCGAAUUAGAUAUGACCGCCUAUUCGAUGAAACAAUUGUCACCAGACUAUCGUCUCUACUGGCGUUUGUUGGAGGAACAUAAAGAGAUUGAGAUUGUGCUCAAGGUAAAUGGCACCUCCUGGGUGGGUUUGGGUUGGCGCCCUAAUUCACUUAAUGCUGAAUGCAAGAAUUUCCCGCUCAUACGUGAUAUUGGCGACUUGACGACCACACUGACGCAUAGUGAACCGAGUGCGGAAGCAGAACCCGCACCAAGUGCUGAACCCGAACCCAAAUCGGAACCCGAACCGAAAUCAGAACCUGAGCCAGCAUCAGAACCUGAACCCAAAUCAGAACCGGAACCACAAUCUGAGCCAGAACCCAAAUCUGAACCAGAGCCCAAAUCCGAACCAGAACCGAAAUCUGAACCAGAACCAGCUGCUGAACCAGAACCAACAGCUGAACCAGAACCAGCAGCUGAAUCAGAACCAAGCUCUGAACCAACGCCAGAGCCAGCAGCUUCAACUAAGUCCAAACGUGUGGCUAAACAUGAAGAUGAUCUCAUUCAAGGUAUGAACGGUGUUACGUCAGUGGCGACAAGCGUUUCAUAUCGAGUGAGUUCUUCGGCAGGCCGCAGACGUCGCCAAGCACCAGUAGAAACGACCAUUGAAAUCGAGCCCAAGGCGGAACCUGAACCAACGGCUGCACCGGAACCAAAGUCAGAACCUGAACCCGCUUCUGAACCGGAGCCCAGUUCGGAACCAGAGCCAAAGUCAGAACCAGAGCCUAGUUCAGAACCAGAACCAGAGGCUGAACCAAAACCAAACGCAGAGCCGGAGCCAAAAGCUGAACCAGAACCAAAAUCAGAACCGGAACCAAAAUCAGAACCGGAACCAAAGUCAGAAGCGGAGCCCAAGCCUGAGCCGCAACCGAAAUCUGAACCAGAACCAAAUUCUGAACCUGAGCCAUCUUCGGAACCAGAGCCCUCUUCUGUGCCGGAACCUUCUUCUGAACCGGAGCCUGAACCAAAUUCGGUGCCCGAACCGAGUUCUGUGCCGGAACCUUCUUCUGAACCGGAGCCGCAUUCCACAAAAACGCUGAAUUCCAAACAAUCUAUUAACAAAAGUGAACCGAAAUUAAGACUGAACCCAUAUACACCAAAAUUCGACUUCAAUCCUAUGGAUUGCACUGAUAUAGUUAUAGGUUCAGCGCGCGGUAUGGCCAGUCGUGUAGGAGAUUAUUAUACUCGUGAUCGUUCCACUCCACGCCGAGAUGAAUUCUACGGUGGUAAAUCGGACCUUUCACUAGGUACGGGCUUUGAAGAAAAUGGCGUAACCACAAUCAUUUUCCGCAAGAAGCUCGUCGCAACUGAAUCUACUGAUCACACCUUGGACGACGCAUUAACACAUGUGAUCUGGGCGAAGGGCCAAGAACCUGGUCAUUAUGUGCACAUUCCAGCUUCAGGAAUUGAAACAGAAACAGCGUCGGUGAAAGAUUUCUAUCAACCGGAUGAACUGAAAUAUCACGGACACAAAAUGCAACGCGGCGUUACACAAUUGAAUUUCUUCGAAAAGGAAAAGGUUGAUACUAAAGAUGGCGUAGUAGAAGCCUCCACAAAUUUACUAGACAACGACUGCAUGGGUCACUGGAAAUACCCCAGCGAUUGCUCGCCAGAAAACCACACUUGUGAAUACUAUGCCCAAUGGGAAACUAUUGGUCGCGGUGAUGUGAUGCGUUGGCACAUUGAGACGUCGAAUACAAAGACCUGGACUGGCAUCGGCUUCAGCAAUGAUGAAAAGAUGUCACAAACAGAUGCCAUCAUCGGCUGGGUAGAUCGGAAUGGACGUCCCUUCUUGAUGGAUACGUGGAUAAAUGGGUACGGGGCACCCAAAUUGGAUGUACGACAGGAUAUAGUUGGUACCCCUUCAGGACGCAUUGAGUACGGUGUAACGAUUCUGGAGUUCGAUCGUAAACGUGUGAGCAAUGAUGAGCAGGACUUAUCAUUCACGGAUGAUCAUUGCUUAUAUUUAUUCUUCCCAGUGCUGGGUGGCGCAUUCCAUGCUGUAAACAAGAAAAUGGCCAAACACGAACGCACACCGACCAUAUCGGCUACACGUGUCUGCAUUAAGUCUUGUGGCAAAGAACUCGAGAGCGUGUAUAAUACAGCAACACCAGCACCAAAUCGUCUUGUAUACGCAGUUGGCGUAAAACUGAUGAAUCUAGCUGAAUCCUUCGAGGCGCCACAACCGGGAACAGUGGAAUUCAACAACUUGGCUGCUACGAUUUCAGACUCAUUUAAUGGCAUACUAAAUAGUAUACCGGGUUACUAUAAGACCGAAAUUGUUGGAUUUGAGAAACAAGGCACAACAAUGAUUGCCAAAUUGCAAGCUAUGUUCGAUAAGGCUGAUUAUGAGAAAGGACAUGCGUUGGCGACAAAUACAGUCGGUUCAGAUAGCAGUGAAUCGGCUAAGAGCGGUGAUAUUGUAAGAGCAGCCUUACAAGAUAAAAUUUCUACCGGCAAAGUGGGCUCGCUAGCUGUGGAUGCACAAUUCUUGGACUUCGAAGCAUUAGAAUAUAAAACAUCUAGCAAAGAUGAUGAAACUUUACUUUCCUUCUUCGAACUCUCCGAAGUACGAUUGUACAUAGUGCUUGGCUUGAUAGCCGCUUUGGUAUUCAUUGCAUUGGUACAAGCGAUCUGCACCAUCUGCAAGACAUCACGUAAAAAUAAAACACAAAAGGACACACUCAUACAAAACUCUCCUUGGAAAGAAUUCGCCUCGAACACGAACUACGCCUUCGACCCCUACGGUGAGACCGAAGAGAAAAACAUUACCACAUCGACAACUGUCAUCGCUACAGGCAAGGAAAAGUCACGUAACCGUUCCUCCAACUCGAACAGCCAACAGACUACACUACUCAUGUCACAUUCACCCACCAAUAAAUCGCAACUCUACCACGAAGGCACAAAUGGUCAUAAUGGCGGUCAUCAGUCACGCAGUCGCAAUCAGUACGAAAACGGCACGCACGACUAUCGCAGCAAUGGCCGCGUACAGCGCAGCACCGGCAAUAUAGCUGCAGCAGUCACUGAGAACGGUCAUUAUGAUCGCUACGAAGGCGAUCGCAGCAACGAACGCGGUGGCCCCUAUUCGCGCAGCUCAUAUGCCGAACGCGCCUAUUCACUGCCGCGCCAACAAGCACAACAACAACAUCGUGCCAAUAUGCAACCAUCAGGCUACUAUACGCAAGAGCGACGCGGGCAUCGAGCUGCAGCCGCAGCAGCAGGAUCGAAUCCGCGUGACGAACGCAACAGUCGGCCUUAUCGUGAUGGCUCGCGGUCGCGUGAAGAUCCGCGCAUGAGUUCGAACGGUGGCGCCGAUACGCCAGACUUUUACUUCAUGCCAUCGCAACGCAAAUACUCGGGCGAAGUAGUGCGAGUAUAUGUGGACUACAAUAAGGAUCCGAAUCAUUGAGGGACAAGUGAAGGUGAACGAUUUUGUGAGGGAGAUGGAAAUACAUAUAUAUUUAUAUAUGUACGAGUAUGUAUAUAUCGGGAAUGCGUACCCUGAAAGUGAAUUCGCACAGCGGUUGAAUGGAAUACUUUACAAAGGAAACUUGGGAAAAAUGAUUCGACUUCCUUCCGGCCAUAAAGUGGAAAGAAACUACAUACAAUUGCUUAUUUCGCGGAAGAAAGGGGUAUAUCAUUUAAUCCAUUGCAGCUAGCCACAAAUAAUUUAGUCAAGCGAAUCCAAUCAAUAGUUAUAUCUAUCAAUUUGUAUGCAUAUGCGUACAUUUAGAUCGUAAAAGUCGGUGCGUAAGGGGUAUUCAAGCAGCUGAAAAAUACCUCAAGCAAAAUGCGUGAAUCUGGGGGAAAUGAGUUAUUUAUGAAAUACACAUUGAAUAGUAUACAGUUAAGAACACUUUUACGCAUACAACUAUAAAAAUGAAAUAACAAAUUUAUUUAUUUAAAAACAGUUAAUAAUAUAUGGGUAUUCACACUGCGUACCUUACUUGAUAAUCGUAAAAAAAAAAAUUUAGUGAAACCUUCAAUUCAAAAAUAGCUAAAUUUUGUCUGCCAUUUAUUGCACUAAUAUUUUAACAUCAAAUUAAAAAAAAAAAUAUCGCAAACUGUAAAUAGGUCACCGUGAACACCUGGAACAAAAAUAUAUUUACAAAAAAAUUUUUCGGGCCAAGUCGAUACAUUUUAUAUAAGGCAUUAGAUAAAUUUUGAAAACAAAAUAGUUUAAACUAUAAGGGUAUUCAUGAUGCGUUAAUGUUAUCAAAAUGAAUGCUAGCAAAAAAUACAAAUAUCAUUUGGUCAGCGUGAAUACCUUCACUAAAAUAUAUUUGCAUUUGUGGUAUUCAGACCGAGCUUGUACUUUUAUAAUUCGAAAUUAAGAAAUUCUAUAAAUUUUGUAAAAACAGUUUAUAGUAUAAGGGUAUUGAUGAUGCGUUAGUCUUAAACCAACGAAUUCUAGUAAAUUUCAAAAUUAUCAGCCCAAAUACCUUCCAUAAAAAAGAUUUACAUGAGGGGUAUAAAAACCAAGUUAUUAAAUUUCAUAGAUCGCAUUAAGUAAAUAAAAUUUUGUAAAAAAUUUCAGUAAAAACUACAAGUUUUGUAAAUUUAACGAUUCCGGUUUUGCGUAAUUCAGUAAAUUGCACGAAAUGAUUUAUUUUUUCUCGGAUGACAAGUCAGCCUGUUUUUUUUUUUUUUAAGAAGAAACAUGAAGUAACUUUUGUAAUAUUUUCUAUAAAAUAUCAUGAAUUAAUUAUAUACUGAUUUAUUCAUUUAAACGCCCCGAGUGAACGUGAAUAGAAAACAUCUGAUGCAUUAUCCAAAGUUAGCCGAUUCAGUAAUCAGAAAAAUUACAAAAUUAAAAUACUUCGUUGUAUUCCAUGUGUUUUUCUAUUGUCAGAUUUUCGGAAUAUCAAAGAAACUAACACUGAGUUAACGAGGCGACAAGCGUAAUUCGGUAUUGCAACAACUGUUUUGUUUGUCAUUCUUUUCGUCGCUUCAAGGUCUCUAAAUGAAUAUUAAUACAAUUUAAUCUACUAAACUCGAUCUGAAGACCGCUAUAAUAAAUUCUACCAUAUACCGAAUUUUAAUAUAAACCAGCUAGGUUUGAAGAUCUUUAUAAAUAAUGAAAAUGCGUAUGAGAGAUAUCAAAACAUGCUUUUACAGAAAAAUAAUCAUUAAAAAGUGUUUAGAUUUUUACGCAUUAGAACGUUGAAGCGUCAGUAGUCAUUUUUUUUUGUUAAAAUAUAUUUAAAAACAAAAUAACGCCUUUGAAAUAUUUAAGGCACUACAAAUAAAAAAGUAUAUAUAUUUACAUAAUUGAGGUAUAAGAAUAAAUAUUAAUAAAAAUAAGUUACAUAUAAACUGUAUACAUAUUUACGUAGAAAAUUUGUAUAUAAAUUGUUUCAAAUAAUAAAUUUAAUUGAAGUAUUUUUUAUAACCCUACAAAAAUUAUAUGGAUUGGAAUUGGAAUUGGAUUCUGAACCUUAUAACCAUGUAUGGUUUUGAAGUUCAAAGCAACCUUGUGACAGCUUCAUAUACUUAUAAUUUAAGAAUAAUUGGUACUUCUUUAAAAGUCCGCUUUGCUUUGAAUUAUGGGCGCUAGCAACAGCGUUCAUAAAGUCAAUUUUUAAUGCGUACUAUUCAAUAAAACAAUUUUUUCUAUAAAAACUUUCGAAAGGCCUAAAUAAAAAUAACUUUUCCUUUACUUUCUAACUUACGCCUUUGAACAGCUCUUUUUCGUGCAGAAAGUUUCUCAAGGCUUAACAUGUCAAUGUAGAGUUAAAUGAAAAAAAAAUAAUAAUUUUGCGGUUUAACUACAAUUUUAAAUUUAGAGUUUAGAGUUUUAAAGAUUCUAUAAAAAUUAAUAUUUUUAGCUGAAUGUGCAAAUUUUCUUUUUGUGACAUAUUAGAAAAUAUAUUGUAGUAAGAAAAUAUUAUUUUAUUUUAAAUAAAUUCUUAAUAUUUUUCUAAAUAUUAUUAUUUUUUAUUUUUGGAAACAUUUUUUGUGCCUGGAAAUGGGUUGAUACUUUAUACACUAAAACAGUUUCAUUAAAAUUUAUAAAAAUUGAAACUUGGAGAAAUUUUAAUUAUAAUGAAAUUUUUAGUAGUAAAGGACACUUGUUUGAGAGCUCAUCACAAAGAGUAACACAUAGUCACCUAUUUUGUAAACAAAGAAGCGUAAUGCAAAUUUUAAUUAAACCCUAUAUUUUAGACGAUUUGUAUCUAAGCAUAUUGCGUUUAUUUAUAUAAUACAAUGUUGUAAUAUAUUUAAUGGCAUGUGACAUUUGCUAGUUACCUGUAAAUAAAACAAAUAAAGGGAAUAAACUCU